GUUGUUUUUAUGCAACCACACAUCCUUUAACCUAACCUAACCUAACAACAUCUUAUUGUCAAUAUUUGUGUUUAUAAAUCCAUUGUACAUACACAAAUCAGAGAUGGGAACAUGUUUUUAUGUCGUGAAAUGUGACAACGUAAAUUACAGAAAAUGCACCUUACCUUCUUAAUUUUACCAUGAUAACUCCCUUUGCGAUAAUACAAUGCGUUACGUUACUACUAAUUGGGAAAUAUAUCGACACACGAACGUGAAGUAAAAAAGUUGGCAACGUAUGAGUACGUGAAUGGUUGGCAACUCUAUGAUGCAGGUAUUUUUAAACUCGGGCGGUUUAGUUUACAAGGAAACAUAUAUUGACUUAUGAAAAUAAGGAGUUCGGACUUUGAUUCUCGCUUAAAUUCGGGAAUUAUUGGAAAUACAUUCAAGAAAUUCCACAUACGAUAAAAACGAAAACAAAAUGUCAUCUAGUGCCCUCUUAAAAUAGUUUAAAAAUAAAGGCUUCCUGCUAAGAAUGACAUUAGCAUUUGUUGUUGUUGGUGCCGUCGUCUAAGAAAACAUUAAAGAAGCCCAACUCAAUUUGCAAGGAAUCACGGAGUCGCACACACACGAAAUGGAAUCAAUUGAUACAUUAAAUUUCUCGGAGCUAAGAGAUGCCGAAAUUGUCGCCCGCAUGCGUAGGUGCAAUUAUGAAAAAUUCAAAAGUUUGGUGCGCAUGCAUUUGUCGUUUGAAUUGGAUCUAAACACAGAUGAAUUUGAUUUGCCCUGUCACGAAAUUGUCUAUGAAGAUAAAGGUAAAGUUCGAAAAUGGAAUCCUAUGAGCAAGAAGCAUAAACAUGGUGCUGUUGUUGCUGCCCUGGCAUCGGGUUCAACAGGUUGUGCCUCGGCUGUUGGCAUUAAAGGUUCGAAUGGCACGGCUCACAAUGCAAAUUGCGGUGGCAGUCCAACAGAAAAUCUACGGCAACAUGUUGAUCCUGGAUUUCUGUUUCAUUUACAAGAGUUAAAGGAUUUCCUAAUGUCGGAGAAGAGCAUUCAACAAGAAGGAAUUUUCCGAAAAACUGGUUCAAGUUCUAGACAAAAUGAAUUGCGACAACAAAUACAAAAUGAUAAGCCUCUCGAUUUGGAGGCAAGUGGCUAUUCAGCUCAUGAUUGUGCAACAGUUUUCAAGGGAUAUUUGGCCGAACUGGCCGAGCCACUUCUUACGGAUGCUCAUUAUCCUGCUCACUUACAAAUCGCCCCAUUAUGUUUGGGUCUUAAUCUGCAAAUGGAUAACUCAAACUCGGAUACAAAUGAGGAAAAAAUUAAAAAAGAAAUUCAUGUUUUGCAUUCGAUUCAAUUGUUACUAUUACUAUUGCCUGAUGAAAAUCGGCAAUUGCUGCAACACAUCACAGAUAUCCUACAUGCGGUGGCUUUAAAACAAGACAUCAAUAAAAUGGGUCCCGAUAAUUUGGCCACAUUGUUUGCACCACAUUUAAUAUGCCCUCGAAAUUUACCGCCGGAAGCCCUACACUAUUUAGCUAGAAAAAUGUCAAGUAUUAUCUCGUAUAUGAUCAUUAGAGCUCAUGAUAUAUUUGCCGUUCCUGCUAAAUUGGCAACAGACAUACGAGCCUAUUUCCUGGAGAGAAAACGUAAGAAAACAAUGUCACCAGAAAUGACACUGGAUGAAUCCAUAUCGGAUGUAUCAACUGUAAAUACGGUUUACACCUUCGUUGAUCGUGAAAAGACUGCAGCAGCGCAUACCACAAAUACCACAGAUACUGAGCUGGCACAAUUGUAUGCUCAUAUACAAUCAAUGCCGGAAUCGUCAAAGAAACGUCGAUUGAUAAAACAAUUUAAUAAGCAGAAUGGUCAAGGUACUCCAUUACAAUUACAGGCCAUGAACCGUUUGAAAACUACCGACAAUUCUCGUAGUAGUUCAAAAUCUUUGAGCGAUUCGAUUAAAAAACACAUUUUCAAUAAGGGUUUGAUAUCGAGGACACCGAAACGACAACCACCCGUGCCCAGUGUGGUUCUGGAGACCCCAAAUAGUUCCAGCAUGAAGUAUCACAAACAGAGAGUUCUCUUCCAAAGUCCCAAUCCCUCGGUGAUCAGUGCUGCAUCAUCAUCAACAUCCUCUAUAAUAUCAUCAUCAACUACAACAUCCACGUCUUCAUGGUCCAUGACUAAUUCCACAAAUUCUGUUAAUCUCACUCCAUACAUUAUCAAAUCACAUCCUUUACAAAAAUCCAUUUCCUCAUCUUCAUUACUAAUGAGUCAACCACAACAACAACACUUGCAUCAUUACCAAAUAACCGCUGAAGAUCAAGAGUCCAACUCUUCGUCUUCAUGUUCAAAUCCAUCGGCAUGCGGCAGUACUACGAAUACUAAUUCAUUGCUCAACACAAAUAGUAGUGAUGGUUUCGUGCACAAAACUAAAUCCGUGUCGGCUCCAGUGAGUCGUCAAACAUCUUCCGAUUUACAAUAUCAUGCUAAUACUUCCAUAACCUCUACCACAUCCUCACUGUCAUCUGGUGUAUCUGGUAAUCCUAUGGAUCCAACUUGUUGUGUUACUCCCUUAAAAUUAAUAUCGGAAGCAGCUAAACAUUUAAUUGCCGGGGCUGAUAAAAAGUCUGUGGCCUGGGAUGACUCCCAUUUAAUUGACAUUGAACGUAUCUCGAAUCCUUCCACACCGAUACAACAGACCCCUUCUAAUGAUCUAAAAUCUCGUUACAAGUCAGAACCAAAUCUAAGUCUAUCGCAUAAUAUUUGUGAGACUCCCAGCUCAUCGACAUCCAUUGCCCAUGAUAUGAUAACACCCAUUACCAAGCUAAUGCCAGGAACCUAUAUCAAACGCAAGCUAAUGAAAGGUGUUAGUAUGGGCAAUUUGAAAUUUCCCUUUAGUACCCCAGAGUCGACCAAGCGUUUGGUACGCACUGUAUCUUCUUCGCUGAAGAGACGUUCAAGUGAUGACUCACAAAUAUUUCAACAAAUUGAGGGCAGCUUUGCCUCGGCUAGUCGGGCAGAUAACGCCCCGCUAUUACAGGAUAUGGAUGAUGAAGAUUUGGACGAUGAUACAUUUGAGGAUGAUCCGGCCGAUGAUUGCGGUGCAGCUAGUAGUGAUACAGAGAAUGGCCAUCAUCCCGCCAUAGUUGGUAGUAAUGAAUAUUCACAUGGAGCGGGCAGUAGUUCCUCCGAAUUGCCCAAUUUCACGGGUGGUUCUGCAACUUAUCAACAGCUUUUGUUGCAGCAAAGUGGUAUUUAUCGUAAUUUGGAUUUGAUUACAAGCACACCAUCACUGCUAUUGGGUCGUAGAUCAAUGUCGCCCAUUACAAAAUCAACACAACGCAUGCCCAAAGCAAUGCAGGAAUCGAUUAUGACACCACGCUCCCGAAAACCAGUAAUGGUACUGACCACAACCACCAGUUCCACCGAUCAAAAUCAAACCAUAAAUCAGACUGUUGAUAUGCUGGGUUGUCACGAAGAAGAUCUAGAAGAUGAUGAUGCUGACGAGGAUGAGGACCAUGGCGACGAUGAUGAUGAAGAUGUCGGUUUGGAAGAAGAAGACGAACAUUUGGAUGGGGAUCACAUAGAUGAUGAUUCAAUUUUAUGCGGUGUUGCAACCAAAACAAAACCCCUGGAUGUAGACAGUAAUCCACCACAUCCGGAAGUAAUCAAUGAAGAUGCAACUUCUUUGGGUGGUUAUUCGGACAUAUUGAAAAGGCAACAGUUACUACAGGCCAAUCAUAGUUUUGUCAUGCAACACAAAAACGCUUGUGUUCAAGAAUUUCACUCAGAGGAAUCAUCGUCGGCAUCACCAUCGAAUAGUUGUAAAUCUAAACAACGUAAGGAUUACCAACAACAACAACAACUGGAACAACAGGCAGCAGAUGUUUUGAGUACACAUUUUAAAGAGUACUUGUUAACACGCAGUGUUUUAACAGCCCCGCCAGAAGAUACAUCAUUUACUAGUCAGUCAGAUGAUUUCGAAAGUUCCCGUGAACUCGACGAUAUUGAUGAGAAUCGUUUAAGUUCCAGUUUACUGUAUUGCUUGGAUGGUAAUCGCCCUGAAUGUGAUGAACAUGCAGACGAUGACAAUGAUGAGACGACAACGGAAACAAACGAUAAUGUUGAAAUCGAACACAACACAAAUGAUGCAAUUAGUCUUGACAACAAUGAUCAGAGAAUCAAAGAAGAUUGUAAUUUAAGAGCGGGAAUGUUAUGUAAAAAGCAAGAAGAAAGUGAUACUGAUAGCAGCAAUAUCACACAUCUACCAUUAGGUGGCAAUCGCCUGGCAAACAAUCCCUUCGUUAUACUUAACAAUGCACGUAAACGUGCUGCAACCAAUGAUAUUGAAAAAAUGUCUUCAAUACUGUUUAACAGUCAACAACGGGAACAAGAAACCAACAGCUCGAGCUAUCAAAGUUUCAAAGCAUCAUCCUCAUCAGAUCAGACAAAUAAGAAGUUGCUCAACAAGUUCAAAGCGAAUAAAGAAAACUGUGAGCAGAAUGACAAUUAUGUGACCAAUAAAAAGUUAAUUAUAAGUGAAUAUCCAGGCGAGACUUCCUUCUAAGAAUACAUAUAAGUUUUAGGCCUUGCCAUACAAUAUGAACGUAUGUAGGUGGGAGUAACCGUUGUACGGUUACAAAAUUUAUAAAUAAUUUUCAGUUCAUUUGUUUAUUGAUUACUAUUGCUAUUUGGUAAUACUAAGUUCUUCCUUUCUUUCUAAACGACGAUUUAGUUUUUAAAUACAAAAAAAAAAAAAAAAAUGUUUUCUAUAUUUUUUCAAAUAUUCAUGAACAGAUUUUCUGAGCUCUUAGCUUAAUUUGUGUUUAGAACGUUUUACGUUCCUCAAAAUUGUAAUUAUGUUUCCCCACUGCUUCCUUGGAGCAGCUUUUAUAACGAAAUGAAUUCAACUUUAUACAAAAAAAAAAAAAAUAUUAUUUUGUGAAAAUAAUUGCAAUUAUAGCCUCUCAUUAUUUAAGUUUAUAAAUUAUUAAAACAAUCAUUUAUACACACAAACAUUUCCAUUAACAAUUAAUAAUCACUGUUAAUUAAGAUAUACCAAAAAGCAAAAAUAUACGAGUUAUGAGUAAAAA